UUCGGCGAUCAAAUAAAUCUACUAAUCGUACCAAUCGUACACAAUAUCCCGUGUAAAUUAGACUCUCUUUUACAAAAUGGUAAACACUAAAUCGAAGGAAAAGGAGAAAGAGUCCGAGAGAGAUUCCAAUGACAAGAAACGCAGAAAGAGUGAUUCCACGGUCACUAAAAUACCCAAAGAAGAUGUGUACGCGUCGGUAGUGCAAUUCGAAGAGCAAGAAUCACAACACAGACCUGCUGAAAAGGACGCUGAGUUGUUCCAUUCAACUUGUUCGGAACUACGUAAAUUAUUCGAAGAAAUCAACAAAUUGAAGAAACUGAAAACUGAGAAGGCACGCCUGGAAAUCAACGAAAAACGGAUCGAAGCCUCGUUCCUAUUCGUGUUGCUGAAGAAACUGAACCGUUUGGACAAAGUACGUUUGCGUACCGGCCGUGACGACCUGCACAACGAGAAACAAAUCGUCGACAGCAAUCGCUUGCAGCUGCAAAACCUUUUCUAUGAAUCCGAACAUUUGAACAAGGAGGUGCAACGCUGUUACCAGUUCAAAAGCGAGGACGAAGAAAUUGAUUUGAUAUCCGAAGAGGAAUUCUAUGCUCAGGCACCGGAAAAUAUUGCACAAUCGGGUAAGACAUCGAACGAUGAGCACGCUCGUCGAUUGGCUAGACUGUCAUGGGAAUUACAGCAGCGUAAAGAAUUGGCUGCGAUGUGCAAGGAACUGGAAAAGCAGAAAGAACUGGUGGCGCAGGACAAUGAAACGAAAACGAAUUUACGGGACAGCCUGAAACCGCGCUUGGAGGCACUGUUAAAGUCGACGAAACCGCUGCAAGAAGCUCUGAACAUGAACUUUGAGGAAGAUUGGAAAGUGCAGAAAAUUGCAAGUUUACUGCCACGGCCACUAUACUUGGUGUAUGCGAAUCUGUGUGCCUAUUCAGAAGCAUGUGACAACCAGCUUUCGGUUACUAUCAACGGCGACGAAAUUGAUGCGAAAAAUCUUGAAGAAAUUGACAAAUUCAACAGCAAGAUCGAUUUGGACGAUGUGCCCGAUUCAGAUAACGACGACAAUGAUGGAGAGAAUGAUCGACCAUCGAAAGGCCAUCAUCAUCGACGCAAAAACAAGGAUGUUUUGUUGGAACAGAAGAAAGACAAUCUCUUCAAAGUGCAUCCGUUGAGUGUGUCACUGCGAAUAAAAUCCAAAAUCAACGACACGGUCCUGUGCGUUACGUUGUACUAUCUACCGACUUUGAAUUUUGUCACAUCUCUAUGCAAACUGGAGCCAGAGAAUGCGGCCGGAGUAAGCGAAGUACUCAAUCCGGCAAGCAUCUUAAAUGCAUUGAGCCCGGGCGACUAUGGAGAAGAAAGUGUCAAUCCAAAGACGUACUACCAGUUGAAGGAGCAGUCAAUCGAUGAUUUUAUGGUCAUUUUGAGGGAAAAAAUGUUGGGCAAACCGUACCGAUGGGCGCAGGAUCUAUGCGGUUUGGAGUUUCUGAACACUGCGUCAACGUCCACAACGAAUUAUUCGUCAAUUUCGAAUGAGUUUGUUCAAUUGUCGGUGCCGAAAAUCGUCAAACAGAUUCGUUCACGCUGGCAGGCGCGAUUAAUGCUGAACAGUCAAAUAUCGGCAUUGGAGAAUAAAAGUUUCACCUCAACGUCGCUCAACCAGAAAGCAGCCCGCAUUUCGAGCAGCCUACUUCAAUGGACUGCAAUCACUUGGGAAGAGUACUGUAGCUCAUUGUCGACAAAGCGAUUUGUCGAUGCGAAUGUGAUCACUUCACACGAUCUACUGUAUCGUGCGGUAAUCACACGAGGUUCGGCCAAGUUGGAGUGUUUUGUUGGGAUCAACGCAAACUAUCCGACUGAAAUGCCAUUAAGUGCACUGGAACUGAGCUGGAACGGGCGCCACAAUGCUGAUAGCAGUGCAGCCAUCCGGGACCUGGAAGCAUGGGUGAAUCUGAUCGACGACCCGAAAAAUACCAGCAACGUGUUGGAACUGCAGAUCCAUCGUGCACUGUCUAGCCUGGACAUCUAUUUGGAGACAGAAGGAACUCUGAUCAAUUCAUCCGAAUUUCAGGCGACUAAAACGUUCCUGAAGGCUUUUCGCGAUCGUACGCAUUCUCGACCGUACAAAAUGAUGGAGAACAGUGGCAGUGUUGUCUACACACAAAUUUAGUCGUUAUACGCAUUUAUCGGCUGCGUAACAUUAUAUUGAUGGGAAACAGAGGCAGUGUUGUCUACGCAAAAAUUGAAUCGAUUGCUCGGCGCUGCUGAAGUGCAGCAAAACUUCGAAUUUUAUGAAUUUUUACGUGAAAAUAAACGAGUACGUGUGGACACACGCUGCAA